AUGCCUACAUACAACAUCAAUACCGCUUUAUUCUGUACACAAGAGCUUGCUGCUCUGGAAAACAGGUCUCUCUCUCAGGCUCAAAACACAAAAGAGCUCUUUUACGACCACAUUGCCAGCAACCACACCGACCUAGUACUUUUAUCCGGAGACGUUUCCAGAGUAGUUAUCUAUGAGACAUGUCUCCUUGCCUGUAAAUCGUUAGUCAGCUCUGGUCACAAAGUCGGUAUCAAAGCAUUCAGCAUCUGUGGAAUUGGAGAAACCGCUGCAGUGGAUGACUGUUUCUCAGAUCCAGAGGAGUCUUCUAGACUAGUAUUGAAGUGCUCUGAUAGUGUGUGGUUACCUGAGAAGGUUGUAACGCUGAACGUUUCUUCUGAAGAAGAGGCAAAGUCAGCCAUAGAAACAGCAAUGGCCAAUUUAUACAGGUUUCUAACAGACGAAUAUAUGCCUCAUCUCAUCAUUACUCUGGAGAACUCGACACGAAGAAUGGGCUUUGUCAUGUUGGCCAGUGAUGAAGAAUCUGAAAACAUCAUCGAUGAAACUGGUAUAUUGAGCCCAAAUCAGCAUAGUCAAGAUUCUAGUUGGUCGAAAGUGCUGUCGUCGCUCCUGAGGUCCAAGGAAUGCAAUAUAUUAGUUUUAGGUUGUCUGGGAUCACCAGAUUCGCCAUGUCGAAGUCAAGUGAUAGAUUGGAUUGAUCCUUAUACUAAGAAUCCAACAAUUACUCGACCAGAGGUGCUGGCAGCGUUAGUAUCACCAGCAUCAGGGACGACGCCAGAUACAGCAGCACCCGCUUUCCUCUUCUCGUCCUUCACGAGUCUUUUUUCCUCAAAACCAAAAGUCAAAGAUCAACCAUCACCGACUGAAGAACUAGUCGAACAACAUUCAAAGGAUAGCAGUCCGGUAGAGACGAUUCACCCGCGGCCUGUGGACGGAGUAAGUCCUGUGGAAACGAUAUAUAAACAACCCGUAUCUAGCAAUGGUAAACCGCCUACUACUCCAUCGCCUACCGACGCUGUAUCAGUCGAUGUAACUCGUCCUACUAAGUCAUCACCAUUUGAACCCACAGCUCCAACCAUACCGAGUCAAAGCAUCAGUACUAGGAGUAGUCCUACCGCUCCACCUGCAGCUGCUGCCACAACAACCCAACCUUCUAUUAAUUACAGAGAACCUUCCCCCAUCCUAACUCGUAAUAAUCCAUCACGUAUCGAAACUCAGAAGUUAAGGCAGGUGACAACCAACGGUAACGAUGAAUGGUCACCUGCGUCGCCACCCUUAUCUCCAAUCAAGUCUGAGUGGAGAGGAGAACGCCAGCGGCUGGAGAACGCUUUGAAUGAAUCCGUUGGAAAAACGCGUGCGUUAGAAGCGGAGGUGUUGAAGCUUCGUGCUCAGCCUCCUCCGGUGUCUAAUACCGCAUCUGAAGCUGCACUUCAGGUUGAACGUCUGAGUAAGGCCAUAAAAAUUCAGGCAUCCGCGUUGGUUGAUACUAGAACAAGGCUCAAGUCUGCGACAGAGCUGAUCGAGACUUUGACUGAGUCGUUGAAACAGGAAACAAAAGUUAAGGAAGCUCUUCAACUCGAGACGAAAGCGUUGAGAGACAGACUCGUCGCAGCGGCAGCUGUCAAUGCAUCAAAUACAAAAUCUGUAGUGGUGCAGCAGCCAGCCACGAAUCAAAAUAGUAACAGUGAUGAUGUCGUUAAGGUCAAGUCUUUAGAAGCUCAGCUAGCGUCUUUGCGUCUGCAGCAUCAGAACCAGCUUAGUGCGGUAUCUGAGGAGUUGCAGAUCGAAAAGGAGAAACAUAAUGCCACCAAGGACCAGUAUAUAACUGUGUUCACAGACUUGCAACUCUCCAAAAGAAAACUCACUCUCGUCGAGGAGGACAGACAGCAACUAUUGGACGCUCUUUUCAACAUCCAAGCACCAGCGUCGACACCAGGAUCGUUAACUAUAUUAGCACCACCAACACCACAAUUCCUGCACCGAAUUUCGAUAUCGAAACGAAAUUCCCUAUCACCAUCCGUAACAACACUAUCUCAACAACAGCACAGGAACUCGACAUCACCACUACAACCCACCGUUACCACCGGUAUUUCAACACUAGUGGGUCCAUAUGUACCAUCAACUGGGGUCGUCCUUUCGAAUGGUGUCAAAAGUAGUGCUAGUGGCAAAUCCGUCAAGGCGCCCAGAAUAGUCAUUCCAUUCGAUACUCCGUCAACAUCAAGAGCUGAUAAUGUAGAUGACUACAGUCCGCCCCAACUGCCACCGAAAUCUCCUGCGUCCGAUGCAUCAGUUGAUCUGCUUCUUGGGCCUGGAAGUGUAGCGUGGCAGAAUGUAGUUGAAGGGCUGGACGAUGCUGAACAGAAUCAAACGUUUAAUCAGCUUAGGAGAGCAAGUGACUCGAUGAUUGUCACGAAUCCUAGGAGCACGUCUUUGACUGCUGCGAAGACCAGAACCACACCUAAAGAAAAGGAGCCCACAAUAGGCUUCAUCGGUCUCGGCCAAAUGGGUUACAAUAUGGCGAACAACCUCCUAACAAAAUCAAAUGCAUCAGGAUUCAUCAUCCACGACGCAGUUCCAAGCGUCCUUGAAAAAUUCGUAUCCCAGAACUCAUCACGGACAGUCCAAGUAGCCAGCUCUGCACGCGAGGUAGCUGAAAAGAGUGAUGUCAUUGUCACUAUGUUGCCUCAACCACAGCAUGUAAAAGCAGUGUAUUUGGGACCUAAAGGGUUACUAGAGGGUCUGAAGAAGGGAACGAUAUAUAUUGAUUCUAGCACGAUUGAUCCCAUGACUAGUAAAGAUGUUGGGGCUGCUGUUACGAAAGCUGGAGCACUUAUGGUCGAUGCGCCUGUAUCCGGAGGUGUUAUGGGAGCUGCUAAUGCUACGCUGACGUUUAUGGUUGGAGCUGCAUCACCAAAGGAAUUUGAUAUCGUUAAACCGUAUCUGGAUCUUAUGGGUAAAAAUAUCGUGUAUUGUGGUGCUGUUGGGUCUGGCCAAGUUGCCAAAAUAUGUAAUAAUAUGUUGUUGGGAAUAUCGAUGGUUGGAGCUGCUGAAGCUAUGAAUCUGGGGGUUAGGUUGGGUAUGGAUCCUAAAUUGUUGGCUGGAGUGCUCAAUACUUCUAGUGGAAGGUGUUGGUCCACAGACACAUAUAAUCCAUGUCCUGGUGUAAUGGAAGGUGUACCUGCUUCGCGUGACUAUGAAGGAGGAUUCGGAAACUCGCUCAUGGCCAAAGAUCUUGGUCUAGCCGUACAAUCCGCCAAUGAUAUCAAGUCUACAGUAAUAUUAGGUGCCACUGCACUGCAAAUCUACAACCAGGUCGCAUCCACUCCUGGAUUUGAAAAGAAGGACUUUUCAUCAGUGUUUAAAUGGUUGAACGACAAUGUGAAACGAUACGCCAAAUGA